AUGAAAAAUGGGAAGCUCGAUAACAUCUCCAGCUCCCGAUACAACAGAAAAUCGCACGGCAACGAUUUCGACCAAGACAAAUUCAUCCGUACCGGCAGCUUUGAACGCUCAGCCCAAGAACACCGGCCUCGCGGACAGAGAGAUAUAAGAGAAUCGCGCCCCGGGACUGAACGAGGAAUGCCCCAACAGUCAGAGAGGCCCAAGGCUGCUGUAUCCAGGUCUCGUGCCCACCGAGCUACAGAGGGUAUGCCGCAGCGAGUAAAGGAAAAUGUCAAAGUUCCCGAGUCGAUCCCUUACACUACACCGGCAUCCGAAUUCAUCUACGGCACGGGCGCUGUCGAGGCGGCGCUUCGCUGUAGCCGACGUCAGCUAUACAAGCUCUACAUUUACCAAGCUGCCGGUGAAGACCUGAGUCCGACCAAGAUGGCUCUCCGCAAACUUGCUCUCUCCAAAAAUAUUGAAGCCAAGCUUGCAUUUGCAGGCUGGGAUCGGCUCCUUGACAAAAUGAGUGCCGGUCGGCCUCAUAACGGCUGUGUGCUGGAGGCAUCCCCGUUGCCAAAGCUUCCCGUGCGCGGUUUCCUGCCAGUCUCCUCGGCGACUGAGGAUCACUUCCGAGUUGAGCUGGCUCCCCAAUCGCGGGAGGAAGCUGCAGUCAAUGGCACGGGUGAUCGUAUUCCCAUCAUCCAAGCGCCCACGAUGCAAGGUCGGCCGAGUGAGCGAUACCCCGUCGCUUUGCUUCUAGAUGGUGUUGUUGAUCCGGGAAAUAUGGGCGCCAUCAUCCGAUCGGCGUACUUUCUGGGAAUUGAUGCGAUAGUCUUCGCUGGCCGAAACUGCGCUCCUUUGUCCCCGGUGACCAUCAAGGCAUCUGCUGGCGCUGCCGAAAACAUGACCCUUCUUCAUGUCAAAAAUGAGGUCGAUUUCAUCCAACGGUCCAAAGACAACGGGUGGCGCUUUUAUGCGGCUGAUGCGCCCGGUCCCGGUGCUGAGUAUCUCAGUCGUCAUUCAGGCGCAGGCCAAACAGAAGCUGGUGCUCUUCCUACCUCCCAAGCACCUAGUGUUCUUAUGAUGGGGAGCGAGGGAUCAGGGUUGAGUUCGCAUAUCAAAUCCCAUGCAGAUGCGAUCGUUAGCAUUCCCGGUGCUCGCCACAGUAUCGAGUUGGGCGCGCAAUCCGAUCCCGCUCGAAUUGACAGUCUGAAUGUCAGUGUGGCUGCAGCUCUACUCAUGGAGAUGUUCUUGCGAACCCCACUAGCAGUAUCCGAAUUGGCCAAGAAGAGAGGAGACAAGUCUUAA